AUGUCAGGAAGCUCCAGUGUCCCCCACAAGACCUCCCUGCCCGAGGGCGUCCAGGCAGGCAAUGUGCUCAGGAUUCGGGGUGUCGUCCCUGACAAGGCUGGCAGGUUCCACGUGAAUCUGCUGUGCAGUGAGGAGCAGGGCGCCGACGCAGCGCUGCACUUGAACCCGCGGCUAGACACAUCCGAGGUGGUCUUCAACAACCUGGCACAGGGCGCCUGGGGCAAGGAGGAGCGCGGCCCGGGGCUGCCCUUCCGGCGUGGACAGCCCUUCGAGCUGCUGCUCAUCGUCACGGGGGAUGGCUACAAGGCCGUGGUCGGGGACUCGCAGUACCACCACUUCCGCCACCGCGUGCCGCCGGCCAGCGUGCGCCAGCUCGAGGUGGCCGGGGACGUGGAGCUGACCUCGGUGUGCGUGUUCUGAGCGGACUCGGGUGUGGCUGGACCUGCCCGGGCGGCUAAUAAAAUGUA